ACGACCAGGCCUCCUUCCCGAGCGCGACAGCUAGGGUUCCAAGCCGCCGCCGGCCCGCCCGCGGCGCGUCCAGCUGGCCGAAGCCUCCGCCGCCCCGCCGCCCAGCCGCCGGUACCGGAGCUCCCGCCCAGCAAGGCCGCCGUCCUGGAGCUACGCUGCCUUCCAGUCCAUAGGCAGUGCAUCAACAUUCUCAAUUGAAGAGGUUUGGAGCUGCUUCGGCAUCCUCAGGAGAACAAACAAGAAGUUGCUACUCCACCGUCGCAGGAAGGGGCAGACCUCACCUGGAUUCGUACAGCCUGGAUUAAGCAGGACCAGUUCAUUAUCGGUUUAUACAGAAAAUUCUGAUUGUAGAAGACAAUAAUGAGCUGCCGCCGCUUUGUUAAUAUGGUUGUUGACACCGUCAUUGGUGACCGCCAUGCCUACGCUCUUCACUGCAUCAAUAUGUCGGGCUUAUUUUACCCAACCAAGCCAACAACAACACAGCUAGGAGGAGCAGAUGCAAAAGAUGGUAAUACGGUUGAGUCCAGUGAGCUGCCUCGCCCUGCCAUGUCCUUCUACCCCUGCCGAAAUAACGGGGCUCCGGUCGGGAGUGUGGAAUUCAUGCCCGUCAGCAGAGACAAGAACGACAUCCUCACCAUCGACCAGGAUGGCCGAACCUUGAUGUACAGUGUUGCCUCACGUGCCUUCCACAUCCUACCGCCACUGCAGACACCCAUAUGGGAGCCUACCUCCGUGAUCGCUGGUGGCAAGCUCUAUGUGAUGAAAAGCUCCCCCUUCCCCACCACCUCCCACUGCUUUGAGGCUCUCAUCUAUGGCCACCACCCUGGAAUCGACUAUCUCCCAGAGUGCUGGUACUGGCGUUCUCUCCCACCGCCUCCCUUCAGGAACAGCAACCAUCGUCUCGAUGACAACCAAUUUAUUGGUGGAGGCUAUGCAGAUGAGGAUGGCGACCUAUCUAGAGUCACUGCCUACACGGUUGUGAAUGAUUUAGAUAUCUGGGUGUCACAGGGUGGAACGACCUACUCCUUUGACACGGUGAGCAGUGCAUGGACCAGUCUUGGAGAGUGGACGCUGCCAUUCCGAGGCCAUGCUGAGUACAUCCCGGAGAACAAGCUCUGGUUUGGCUUGUCAUCUGAUGGGGACUUGCUUUGCACCUCUGACCUCAGUAGCACGUCAAGGCCUCCUCAGCUGCACAAUCUGUGGAAGGAGCUAGCGCCACCUAAGGAAUGGUUCCUUCACAACUCCUACCUUGUGCACUUAGGCUCUGGCAAGUUUUGCAUCGCCAAGUUCUUUGAGACAGGUCGGAUAUCCAACACUCAGUACAAUGAGAGGUUCGCAGUGCUCACCGGCGUGGAGGUGAAGCGCUGUGGCAAGCAUGGAACAGAGCUCCGGAUGGUCAAGCACGGGUCCAGGCGCUAUAGCCUGAACAAACAAUCUUACUUCCGGGUAUUCUAGCUGAAUGGUGAAUUAGAGGUGGAACGCGGCAACAAUGUUUGGCAGAUAGAUGGCUCUACAGCCUGAACUACCAAUAUUUCUUUCAGGUAUCAACAAUAAAUCAGUCGAGCUGGAGAGGGAACAUUUCUCAGGUAUAUUACAUUAUAUGUUAUAUCAAUGGUAUAUGUUCUGAGUCGUUGCUAGUACGAAUUGCUUGGAUCGAACCUUGUAUCCUGUAGUUUCUGUGCUACUCUUCAGUUCGGUGUGCACAAUCUGAUCGCUUGUAACUGAAGGUUGUUAAUGUAUAAAGUGAUCAAUUUCGGAUUUGACAACUUUCUCUUUACCACUGUUUCAAGAAACGCUUCUCGUUUUUGGCCA